AUGGCCAAGCGAAAGACGGCCCCCGCCGCCUCCUCGUCAAAGGCUGGUGGCGACGAUACCGCUCCGGCGACACAACAGCCGCAGCAGCAGGCCGGGAACGACCGUCCGACGACGCAGCUCGGGCGGGCGGCCGCCUUUCUCAUGCCCCCCGCCUGGAUGCGCAGGAUCAUGUUCGUGGCCGUCCUCAUCUACCUCACGCCCAUGCUUCUCGCGCAUUGGAUCGAGACGUCGACGAAACUCAUCGGGCUCUUCCGGUCCUUCACCUCGGGGAGGUGA